AUGUCCAGUAGUGUGUCAGGGGUCACAAUGCAGCACGGGGUAAUGUCGCGGGGUGCGGAUGGACAGUACGGCUCUUUAAAUGUCAGAAAAACUCGCGUGAACAGCUUCCUCCCAGACGGCUCCGAGACCAAAUUGCUUCCCAGACCUGCCUCCUCGCCGGCUUCGUGUAAUCAACAACAUGGAGGCCUGUCUUCAUCACGCAGAGCCGAUGGCACUCCUCCCGGUUUCUCUCCGCAUACACGACAAGCGGCAGAGAAAAUGCAAUUCCGAGGGUCACAGCCGGCACCGUCUGAUACUUCCCCGCUGCCGUUUAGAGAGACAUCAUUCCUGUCAACAUCGAAGAGGGCCGACAACCUCUUCGUUGCUUCUGUGCCUUCAUCACCCGUUUCGGGCAGAUAUCGAAGUCCCUAUGUUGUCGGUUUCACCAUUCGCAUGAUCGAACAGGGAGAAGGAAGUGGAAAGGAAAAGAUCAAGCCCAGCUCUGCUCCUCCCGCCAGACCAAGGUCCACUCCGCAAGUUCACCAAAGUACGUAUGAUGGGUCACAUGGCCGAAGAAAGGCAUACAUGCUGACGGUAGACCGGCGUGGUCUCGCUUGGCAUCCCAUUUCGCUACACGAACAUACUGCUGCCGGAGGUCAUCACAGCGGUUUGAGAUGUUAUUUAACGCUAUCCGUCACGUAA